GGGACAACUGCUCCGACCGGUUUUCUGGGGUGGAGAGAUGAGAGAGGGGAGGGUGUGGGGCGUUCUCCCACACCUCAUUCUCCUCUCUCUCUCCAUUAUCGUGCUUUUUCUCCUUCUGUCUCUGUAUCACUUGGUUCAUCUCUGAAGUCAGAGCGACAAAAACUGCAUCCUGCAGUGUCUGGAACAGUCUGCGGCCUUAUGAGCCAGACUCAAGGUCAAAGGUCAUCACAACAGCAAUGGAGUGCUUCAAUGAACUGCUCCUUAAACUGCAGGAGGUUCGCGAAAGAGAAGUGGAGGGUUGGCAAUUGAAAGUCCAAGAGCUGUCCAACAAGAAAGGCUGUGAUACUAAGCGAAUGGAGGAACUGUUCACCAGAAACCAGCAGAUGAAGGAACAGCACAGAUUACUCACAGAGAACAUAAAGACACUCGAGAACAGGCUGAGAGCGGGGCUGUGUGACAGGUGUACAGUGACACAGGAGGUAGCCAGCAGAAGACAGCAGGAAUUUGAAGCGUCACAGAUGCAGAGCUUGCAGCACAUGACUCGACUGGUGGGAGAGAUGAACAAUCUGAAAAGGGAGAACAAGAGAUUCAGAGAUGAAAUCAGGAGUUUGAAAACAGCAAUAGAAGGUCACAGUGAUCACUCCUCAAGCAGCAGCACCUUCACAGAGAUCAAACCAAACAGCUCCCCGGACUUUUUGCCCUCUUCUGGACCUGAGGCACUCAUCACUGCAGCAACCAGCAGGGCCAGCAACCAGUCAUCAGACAGUGACAUUGGGAAGAAACCCGAAAGGGACCAAAGAACAGAGGAAGCUGAACACAGACAGAUGAGAGGGAUGAGCAGAAGCCACUAUGAGGCAUACAAACCCCUUAUAUUGCCAUCUCUUGCACCGCCACCAUGGAAGGCAGAACACAGUGUGACCCGUGCUGGAGAAAGAAGAGCUCAGAGUAUCGAAGGACUGGACCCGCGACCCCCAAUCGCUCCUCAAGCUCUCCUUCCUAAAACAGCUUCUUCUCCCACCGGUGAUGUCACCCCCAGUAGACAUGUGCUCCACACUCCUGUCCCCUGCCGGCCUCAACCAAUCAAGAGUAGCGCACUUAGUCUCCCCUGGCCCUUAUCCGAAUCCUCUGACUGGGUUUCUUUGGCAGCAGCAAGAGCCAGCCAGUUGAUGCAACCUUCUUCAGAACCAAAUCCGCCACGCUAUCCCAACCUUAUCCCAAAUAGCCAACAUGCCAGUCCUAGAAGGCCGGCUUUUGGGUCUCCCUGGCCCAAACCCAGCACCAAUCCGCCCCCAGUAAAAGAGCCAACUGUGGUGUUCAGGUUCAGGAAUUUGUCCGACCCCCUAGAGGGUCAAAUCAAGCCCCAGGAAAAGAAGGACAUUCAGCCAAUUAAGAAUGAGAGUGUCACUGGAAAAGUGCAUAAGGAGAUGCAUGAAGGGCCUCUGGACCUUUCAGAUCGAGGAAAAUCUAAAUCCGGCCAAACUCCAAGAGAUGAUUCACCCUUAAACUUACAAGGUGGAGAGAGAGUACGGAUGAGCCCUGACAAUGCACUGAAAACAAAUACACUUGCACAUGUACCAGUUUCCUCACCUCUACCUGUCUACCCAUCUUCCUCUUCUAAACCACCAGUCAAACAACAAGAGGAAGAACCUACUAGUGAGCACAACCACAAGGUAAUCAAAGAUGAGGAGCACAAAGAGGAGGUGAAUGUAAAGACAGACCAGACCAAUGAAAAGAAGGUGCCUGUCCUCACCAUAUCUUUACGUCCAGUGGUAGUGCUGGAGACUCUGAAUUCUGCCCUGCAAAAGCAGGAAUCUAUAUUGUCAAAUGGAAAGUCGUCAUCACCAGCAGCUGAACCAGGAAGCAGUUCAGACGAGGAGGACGAGGAGGGGAUCCAGGGCUGCAAGAGGAAGAGGGCAUCUGUUGAAACCGACUCAGACACAGACAACCUCCAGUUCGAAAGAAACCGAGGAGGGGAGCCCCACCAAAAGAAGAUGACGUCGCAUUGACUUGGUGAUCACACUGGAACCUGUGAUGGUUUUGGCCACUUGGGGGCAGUACAACAUGCUGAAAACAGAACUGAGAAACAGACAACACUGACACAUCAUCGCCUUAUAAAAUUGAUAGAGGUAGCAAAUCAGCAAACACCAUAAAGUUUAAUGCUGAAAUAGAGAAUGCUAAACAUCUCCAUAUAGCUCACGAGAGCAACUAAUUUCACAUUAUACAUACAGAUUUGGGCCACUGUUAAUGAAAUGAUUUUGUGUAUUGCAGCUUUAAUAUAAAACAUAUUGAUUAGAGUAGAUACAACAUUUUUUUGACAUUUUUUAACAUCAGGGUUCUUUCUUGCAUUACUCAUUUACGGCUUCUCAGUAAAUAAUUAAGGGUGGAACAACAGAUUAUAUCUUUAAAUAAAUUCAAAUGUGGUUAAGACUUUAGUGAGUAUUUAUAUAUUGUAAGUACUUUUCUUAUUAGCUUCUCACCACUUCCUUUACCAGACUAAAUUGGAACACACUUUCAAUAUGACAGAGAAACCCAAAAGUUCCUACAACGUGUAACACUUUGUUAACUGUAGCGAGAAUCAACUCCCUCAUUAACGUGAAGAAACCGCUACCCAUUUACCAUAAAUAAUUGUUGUUGAGUAGUGUCAAAUCUGUAUCCCACAGGUCUGGAGUCAAAGAUACCUGCAGAAUAUGAGAGAGAGAGAGUGAAAUGUGUCUGUUGCCAUAAAGUCUUAUUGAGCCAAUAACCGCCUUGCAGAAUGAAUAAUUAUAUUUUUAAUAUAUUCAAAUGUCACAAAUUAAGCCUUUAAAAAGAGACAGCUGUGCUUACUCCAUGUAGUGUGUGCAGUUAUUGGUCCUGCUAAGAUAUUAGUAUGCUAUUUUUGACAUUCCAGCAUUAAACAGUGCUUUAUGUCAUCUAAACAUCAUACUCUUUGGAUUAUUGGGUUUGUGAAUUCAUUGGUGAAAGAAAUACGACCGUAAUGAGAAUGAACCAUUUUAUUUUUAAAUGCCUUUACUCGAGUGACACAUUAACCUUGACCAAGGCUCAAGAGUGGAUGCAAAUGUGCCUGUACCUAAGUAUAGUGUUUAGCAGUUUGUCACUGUUUGGUGGAGAACUGAGAACUACUCAGGCUGAGAAAGUCACACAUUGUGCAAAACGUACCAGCCCAUUUCCCCAAUGUGCAAUUCAAGCUCCCUGUAAGAUUGAAUCUCGGCCUGUCUCCUCUCAGUUGAGGAUUGCUCUAAUCUUUUCACCACACAAAUACAACUAGCAUUAUCAGCACUAUCAUCAUCUAAUUCAACAAUUCAAUGCUAGUAACCAAUGGUUAGAGUUUCCAUUUCCAACCAAUCAGUGUUUGGGUCUGUUAAGUCACCAACACUCAUCACCCACACUAAUUAUACUAUCCUACUAUUUAAAGUUAUUUCACUUAGCCGGCAUUGCAGUCACUGCCUGGCUAUUUUUGCCACAGAGCCCCCACCCCUUCCCUCCUCCACCCUUUCUCUAAGUGACCUAAAAAGAAAAAAAAGAGAGAAAAACCUGUUCCUCUUCCUCUUUUUCACUAUGCAGAUAUUUUGCAAGUAUUAACUUUCCACCCACAGCUGCAACAGCUUGUCGUAAGCGGGGUGGAUGGAAGAGAUUGAAAGUGUGAAAAGUGACAGAGUCAGUUAAAUAACUUAAAGGGGAUAGUAAUUCAAAUUGACUCUAUAUCUACUCAUCACUAUGCUGAUGGAGGGGUGGGUGAAGUUUUUGUGAACUAUCCCUUUAAACCCUUGUGGCUACAGCACUAUAAGGUCAAUGGGAUCCUUCUUCUGAUAGAUUAAAUAUAUUCUUUCUGAAGGAGAUGUCUUAAUUAAUGGGCAGAAUCAGACAAUAUUUACUUGAAAUGUUAAAAAUUUAUUUGAUAUGUCUCUCUUUUCUUUUUUAAAAAUUAGCACUUUUUACUCUCCUGUGUGUUUGACAACUCCAAUGCGUGCAGUUCUAAUGCAUGUAUAUUGAUUUCGAAUGUUUCUGUCUGUCUCUUUAAAGCCAUUAGAGUCCAUUAAGUACAGUACUUCAAUCGUUCAAUGGUCAAUGUACAAAAUAGCCUUCCAGCCACAUAUCUGUGUUAAUUAAAAUGUGAUUGACUGCAAUACUAAGUCCGUCCUUUUAUGCUAAUCUAUCAAGCUGUGUUGCUGUGUGGUCUCAUCGGAUAUUUUGUGCUCUAAAAUGAUCAAACACACACUUAGAAACCUCUGUUUGAAUGCACUUCAUCUUAUGCUGAAAUAAAAGUUCAUUCUUAAAUGCU